CGUACUCUCGAAGCAAAUGUUUCAUGUAUUUCAACUGUAGAACUGUUAUUUCGCGAAGAGGGAUCUUGGUUCAAAAUUUGUCGGAUCCAUCUUGAAAAUCAAUGAUUUUUAAUGUGUAUUCACUUUCUAGUGGUGUCCAAACCCUAAGCUAGCUUUUGUCUGUAAAUGAAUCGUGGAAUCAAACUGUGUUUUACAUAACCAAAGUCAAGUGAGAUAUGAGUUCUUUUCAACUCCAUGAUGCAAGGAUGACGAGAUCGUCCAUUUAUCCAUUUUUUCUGAUAUAUUGGUUGUUGAUCACGAUGAUAAAAUGAAAGGAGAAAACAAGCAUAGAGUACUCCAUCGGAAUUUCUACUCACAUUCGGUGAGAUGGUGAUGAUGAAAUGUGACACAUAAUUCGAGGGAGUGAUUGCUCUUUGUAGUUUAUAGUUUGACGAGAAGGAAACAAAAACAUUUGGAUGAUGAAAAUUUGAAAUCGAUAGGUAGUAUGAUAAGAUCGCUUGGUUGAUUCGGUAUCAUGUCAACAUUGUAUUUUUUAAUUAAGGAUGAUACUGAACAAGCAAAUUAGGUGAGAUCCCUCGAUAAACGAAGAUAAAACACUAGAUUCAUUAUGAAACUCCAUCUAAGUAAAUGCAUCAUUAGUGUUUUAUUUUAUCAUCUAUUGAUCCUGCCGGUAGAGGGAAGGAUGAUCAAUUCAUUAAUAUCUUUCUGGUCAAAUUUUAGAAGUGGGAAACUAAAAAAAACAUGUUACUAUCGGCUUUUAGUAGAUUUGAGAAUGCAACUUGUAGGGAUUAAGAAUAAGAAUUCGGGGAUUAGGGAUAGAAAUUUGAGGAAGAAGAAGAGAAGAAUGAGAGAGAAAGAUAGAUUAGGGUUGAGGUUGAUACUUUGAUAAUUUCUUUCUUAUUAAUUCCUAAUGAAUAACAAAGAACACUUAUAUAGAAAAAGAAAUGAAAAACUAACAAUAAACCUAAACAUAACAACCUAGUAAUAAUUUAUCCUAAUAAUUAUCUCUGAUAUUAGUAUAAUGAUUACAAAUUAUUUAAAUAGAUUUCUCUCACAUUAUAAAUUGAUCGAUCCCAUAUGACAUAUACUUAUAUGGUCACGCCAUUCGAUUGAUGCUCACAUUCAUUGGAGAUGUUUUACUUCACUAUGGUUUACACAAUAACAACUUUACUUCAAACAAUCUAACAUGAACAUAUAUUUAACUUACCCCGUCUUUCAAGGGCAUCCAAUAAAAUUUUAUUCUAACCCCUCUCUCCAUUUUUCUCUUUAUUUUCAUCAUUUUAUUUUUCUCGGCCGCUAACAAAAAUAAAUAAAAGGGACGUCGAAACAAAGAGGGGGAAAAUUAAUUAAUUAAAUUUCAAAACCUUGGGUUAAACAAAUAAAAAUAAAUAAGUAGCAAAAUAAACUCCUUCUCGAAGGCUUUCUUUGAGAGAGAGCAGGCAGAACAGAGGCGCAAAUAAAAAGAGGACGAGACGAGAAAAUUAGAUAGAACGAAAAAGCAAAGAAACGCACUAGAGAAGAAGAGUACAGCUUCAUUUCCCCUCACCCUCACAGUCGGCGGAAGGACUACAAAUCGUCAAUUCAUUUCUCACAAUAUCAUCAAUUGAAUUUCCGGUCAUUUUUUUUUUCCUGCGGAUUCGAUUGUUUCCGGGGGCCUUGUUUCUCGGCGAUACAUCGAACAUAUGGCUACAGGAGUAGAAUCGUCUCCUCCGACGUCAUCCCCGCCGUCGGGGACGGUGAAGAAGGUGGCGGCGAGUGGAAUCGCGCUUGAUUUCCCGGUGACUGAUGCUCCUUCGUCCUCUUCGCCGCCGAGGAUUCCCAAACGGCUCCGGAAGCGGAUGCUGGAGGCUAAAACUUCGCCAGUCAGUAGUGUGCAAGAGAUCGAAGCUAAGCUUCGCGACGCUGAUCUCCGCAGACGGCAAUUCCAUGACAUGUUGUCAACUAAGGCGAGGCCAAAGCCGCGAAGCCCUUCACGGUCUUCCUCUCAGGAUGAAGAUCUUGGUCAACGACUUGAAGCCAAACUUUUAGCUGCAGAGCGGAAAAGGUUGGGUAUGCUGACCAAUGCUCAAAUGCGCCUAGCUAAGCUGGAUGAGUUACGCCAGGAGGUGAAAGCUGGGGUGGAAAGACGUUUUGAGAGGGAAAGGCAGAGGCUCGGCACUAAAGUAGAAUCGCGUGUUCAACAGGCUGAGGAAAAUAGAAUGCUUCUCUUGAAAGCUUAUAAGCAGCGCCAUGCUUCUGUGAAGGAGAGGAGUUCACAGUCAUUAAUGCAAAGAAUUGCCAAGGAGAACAAAUACAAGGAGCGUGUGUGUGCAGCAAUUAACCAAAAGCGUGCUGCUGCCGAGAAGAAAAGACUUGGGCUGCUGGAGGCGGAGAAGAAGAAGGCAUGUGACAGGAUUUUGCAAGUUCAGCAAGCAGCUAAGUCUGUCUCUUAUAAACGUGAGAUUGAGAGGAGGAGAAUGAUGGAACAACUUGAGGAUCGAUUGCAGAGGGCGAAACGACAGAGAGCAGAAUACUUGAAGCUGAGGAGCAGACAGCGUAGUCCUGUCCAGAUGAAUCUGAAGAGGAUGGAAAAGCAGGCUGAUGUUCUUUCAAGGAAAUUGGCCCGGUGCUGGAGGAUGUUUCUUUCAUCAAGAAGAACGACCUUAGAGCUUGUAAAAGAUUAUGGCACCUUGAAGAUAAAUGAGAACUCUGUAAAAACCAUGCCAUUUGAACAGCUUGCGUUUGCAAUUGGAUCACCUGCUACCCUCCGGUCAGUAAAAGCUCUACUAGAUCGGCUGGAGAGCCGAUAUAAAGUUUGUAGGGCAGUGGCUGCUGCCAGCUAUUCUUCUACAUUGGACAACAUCGACCACUUGCUGAAAAGAGUGACUACUCCUAAGAGAAAACCUACACCCAGGACAUCUAUGAGGAGCAGAGAUGCGAAGCAUACAGGUGCUACAAGGGAAUCAACUAGAAGUCCAGCUAAGCUAUCCAGGUAUUCAGUGAGAGUAGUUCUCUCUGCUUACAUGAUUCUGGGCCAUCCGGAUGCUGUUCUGAGUGGUCAAGGAGAGAGGGAAACUGCCUUGGCCAAGUCUGCAAAGGAUUUUAUCCAUGAGUUUGAGCUGUUAAUUAGGAUUAUUCUGGAGGGACCACUUCAGAUCUAUAAUGAUGAGUCAGACUCCAUGUCAUCAAAGCGUCGUACCUUCAGAUCCCAGCUUGUGGUGUUUGACACAGCGUGGUGCACAUUCUUGAAUUGCUUUGUGAUGUGGAAGGUUAAGGAUGCUGUGUCAUUGGAGGAGGACUUAGUGAGAGCAGCUUGUCAGCUUGAACUAUCAAUGAUUCAAAAAUGCAAGAUGUCUUCUGGAGUGAAUAGCAGUGAUCUUUCUCAUGAUAUGAAGGCUAUUCAGAAACAGGUAACAGACGACCAUAAAUUGCUGAGAGAAAAAGUACGGCAUCUUAGUGGGGAUGCUGGGAUUGAGAGAAUGCAAUCUGCUUUGGACGAGAUGCGUCUGAAAUAUAAGGAAAAUGGUUCUCCUAUUGGUUCACCAAUAAUGAGUGUGUCAUCUCCUGGCAUGCCUAGUUUCGUCGAUGGUGCUGCCACUCCUACAACUAUGAGUGAUGCAAGGGUUGAGACAUCGGGUCGAGUAGUACGUUCUUUAUUCAAGGAUGAGAACAUUGACUCAUCCGAACAAGCAAGUUCCUCGGCUGCUGCUAUCCCAUCCAAAUCAUCAAGUUCCUCUGUCACUGCUGCAAACUCGUCCGCUGGUCAACUGGGUGGUUCUGUUAAUAAGUUGAUCACAGAGAAUGAAGUUAUUGUUAAUGAGCUUCUUCAUGAAAAGCGUAGGGCUCUGGUUGAUAGAUUAGACACUGCCCAAAAAGAUGAAGUCAGCCUCAAGGCAAAGGUUAAAGAGGCAAUGGAGAAGGCUUUUUGGGAUGGAGUGAUGAAUUCUGUAGAAGAAGAGGGACCAGACUAUGGCAGAGUCAUAAACCUUGUGAGGGAGGUGAGGGAUGAAAUUAGUGAGAUGGCUCCUGAGAGCUGGAGAUCAACCAUCAUGGACGCUCUUGAUCUUGAAGUUCUUUCUCAGGUGCUGAAGUCGGGAAACUUGGACAUUGCUUACCUGGGAAAGAUCCUAGAGUUUGCGCUGGCUACGUUGCAAAAGCUCUCUUCCCCUGCCUAUGAGGAUGAAAUGAAAGUCAAGUAUCAAAAAUUACUCCAAGAACUGACUGAGGCAUGUCAAAGUAGAGAUGGUAAUGCAAAGAGUUCUCCUGCUGUGGCAAUGAUCAGAGGUCUCCGCUUUGUUCUAGAGCAGAUACAGACGGUUAAGAGCGAGAUCAGCAAAGCUCGUAUAAAACUGAUGGAGCCAUUGUUGAAAGGUCCUGCUGGAUUGGAAUACCUUGGGAAAGCUUUUGCGAAUCGGCAUGGCUCCCCGUUGGAUGCUUGUUUGUCCCUACCAUUGACAAAGCAGUGGCUUUCUUCCUUGAGAAGUUGCAGUGAUCAGGAAUGGGAAGAACACAAUAAUAAUUCUCUCUCAGCUUUGGCCAGCCAUGAGAAUCCGUCUCAGGUGUUCCUACCCUCAACUGCACUCCGAACCGGUGGGAGCUUUCAGGUGAAGCAACGUACUGCGCCAGAUGUUGGUUCAAGCAAUGAACAAUCAGCGGUGGUGCCUGAAUGUUCUGGUGACAGGGUUGAUCUCUUGGUUAGGCUUGGAUUGCUGAAAAUGGUCACCGAGGUUUCCGGUAUAACGCCGGAAACUCUUCCUGAGACCUUCACUCUCAACCUCUCCAGAUUGCUAGGUGUCCAAGCUGAAAUCCAGAAACUUUUAGUGGUUACGACCAGUGUCUUGGUUUGCCGACAGACUCUCUUGAUGGAGCGAGGUGCAGUCAGCAGUGCUCAGAUGGAAAACAUUGUAUCGAAAUGCAGCGAACAACUGUUGCAACUCUUGGACCGUGGUGGUGACGAUGCUGGGAUUGCUGAAAUCGUCGGAAUAAUAAGCAGCUUUUCCUCCCAGGAUUCGUCUUCAUCAGUUUCUGAAGAUGAAAACAGUCGGAAGCUUCAGUCGAGGAAGGAAGUUAUGGGUAGGAUGUUGGCAAGGAGCUUGCAGGCAGGAGACCCCGUUUUCUUGAAGGUCUCCCGAGCUGUUUAUUCAGCUGCCAGAGGGGUCGUAUUAGCAGGAAGCGGUCUCAAAGGGAGGAAACUAGCUGAAACCGCUCUCCGGCAGGUUGGUGCCGCCGUUCUCGCUGAGAGGGUGGUGGAGGCUGCUGAAGUGUUGGUGGUGGCGGCUGGCAUUUCAGUAACAGUCCAUGGGCCUUGGUAUGCGACUCUCCUCAACAGUGUGUGAUUUAUGCAGACAUAUGAUUUGUUUGUUGCUUUGUUCAACUUCGAAGUAAGUUGGGAUGUGAAAUAAGAAGAAAGAAGUAGGAAGAAUAAAUUCAGUGCGCUGUGUAUAUAAGUAGUCUCAAGUGUGUGUCAGGCCGGCGAUGACCCUGUGAUUGGCCUCCCUGGUGUAAGUUUCAGCUAUGUGCUCUUGCUCUGUUUUCGUUGGUGUGUCUAGAUUGAAGGGAAGAGUUAUGUAAACAGUAGUGUUUUAAUAAUGUCAGAUUGAUGAUCUGUUCGUCGUCAGUGUUCUCCUUUCUCUGCUAUUCCUUCGGUUCUUGAUGCGAAAUGUCGAUCGAUCUACUACUGGGAUGACGCCUGGAGUUGUCAUAUCGUUCAUGUAUCUGUACUGUCAAUUUUGAUACUAACCCGAGUCUGACAUAAUCACAUAACUUAUCUACGAUUUCACCGAUCUCAACGACCAAUUUCGACUCUGCCCUUGGAGUCAUGUUGUCUCCUCCGCCAUAGGAGAAACAAAUUGUUUGAUUGAAU